CUCUGGCGCAGAGCGAAAGCGCAUCCUGUGGCCGCCAGCGGAGACGCGGGGCGGGCUGUGGCAAUGUUGUGAUGUGAUCUAAUGCGGGCGGCCGGCUGCACCUACGGGCGGACUUGGCUCUUAAAAGCGGCUGACGACGUCGGCCCCGCUCACCGUUGUGUGUGUGAGUGCAUAUGUGCGCGUGUUUGUCGUCCUGGGAGCGGAGGCGCAGAAGCCCGGAGGCUGAGUGAAGCGGUGACCUUCAGAUGGAAACACCUCAGCGCGUGUAAACAAGCUCUAUCACCACAGUGUAUUCCCAGUCAGCCAUGAUGUCGGUACAAAAACCUCCACUCUCCCGCUCUGGCUCCUCCCCUUCAAAUGUGGGUUUGGCCAACCGAAAUGGCCCCUCCUCCACACCGCCCACCUCCCUCAGUCUUCGUUCAUCGUACAACCAGCUGCUGGGGCGGGAUGUCAUCAAGGAGACCGUGGAGACGGGAAGUUCGGCCACCUUGCCAAAGAGCCGUCAGAGGUACGCAAUGACCAGCGUGAGGAGCGCCAUGGGGAUAAAUGACAACCUGUCCUUUAAAAACCAACCUGUGACCAGAGGGAGGGGCCUCCCAACCAAGUCCUCCUCCAGCUCAGCUCUCUACUCCUCCUCUUCCUCCUCCUCGCUGUUUAACGCCACCAACCCCAAACUGGCUAAGAAUGGGGCCAACAUGCAGAGACGAGCCGAGAGCCAGCAACUGGAACUCAGCCGGGCCAGCACUGAGGGCAAAAUACACAAUGACCUCAUCAAUAACCCAACCUCGGAUUGGCUGGAGUUCGAGAAAGACAACUCGCUGCAGCCUCCAUUCCGUCGGAGGACCAAGAGCUUCUUGGAGUACCACGGGAAGGGCUGGGAUCUAGACCUCAACACAGGAAACAAAGAGGAGAAGGAGGAGAAGAAGCAGCAGCAGUGUUCUCCAGAGAAAGAGCAGGCCAGUCCUGCCAAAGAGAGGGAGAGCCAGAAGGAGGAGAAGCCCAGGACCAAGCAGACCUGUCAGGAGGAGAGGGAAGAGGUGGCACCAGUGGUGGAGGAGGAGGAGGAAGAAGAGGAAGAUGACCCUACACCUGCCACAAGACAACCCCUGUUACCAGUGGUGGUGGAAGCCCCACUUUCCUCCACGUCCUCCUCUUCCUCCGCCAGCCCAGAGUGGAUCCCUGACAACCACAACCUCCUUCAGAACCAAGCUCCAGCACAUGUCAGAGAGGAGCUCUGUGUCCAGGCUCCGGCUGCUAGUCCACGCAGUCCUGCAAAGCCCCCUCGCAGCACCCAGCCCCGCGUGAUUAAGGUGGAGCUGCACCCAAACAAUGAGAACCAGUUCCUACAACAGUACCCACCCUCCUCCCCCAAACAGGCAAGAGCCGCAGAGAGGAACACCCCAACCAGGAGCCGAGCACCAUCCACCCUGCCCGAGCCAGAACUAGAGCCAGAACCAGAACCAGAACCAGAGACUGGACUUCCUAAAGUGGGUUUAAGAAUGGACAUGACUCCAGAUUCUCCAUCAGAGGAUGAAGACUCCAGCUGGACCACCCUGUCCCAGGAGACACCGUCUCCUCAGACUCCACAGGAAACAGAUGUUUGGAGUGAAGGCGACCUGCCACCAGGCUGGCGGGAGAUCUCAGACUCCUCAGAAGUCUAUUUCUGGCACGUCCCUACCGGCACCACACAGUAUCAUCGACCUGUUGCCGCAGGCAACCAGUACACCGAGCUUGACGCUGAGAGUGACCCACAGCAGGAAUCGCAGCGCUCACUCGAGCCGCACGCUGAGCGCCCCAGCAGUCUGAUAUCUGACAGCUCGGUUGAGCCCGUCCCCUCCCCGUCGGGCUCCUGUAUCUCCUCCUCCUCCACCCCCUCGAAUGAUGUCACCUCUUGUGAACCAGAUCUCAGCACCACCACCUGCACAGCCAAUGAGCUGAAAGACUAUCCCGUGUAUCCAGAUCCCAGUCUGAAGGCAUUUGAAGGCGCUACCCUCCGCUAUGCUUCACUGAAACUCAACCCCCCAGCCCAGUUAGAGACAGUCGACCUAAACAAUGCUUUCUCCAAUCCUGAGGAAAUGUCAUUUCCAGUUCGGUCUCUGGGCUGGGUGGAGAUGGCAGAGCAGGACCUGUGUGAGGGGAAAAGCAGUGUGGCCGUCCACCACUGCAUCAGACAGCUGUCCUACUGCAGGAGGGACAUACGAGACUCAGCCGGGGUCUGGGGAGAGGGCAGAGGGAUGCUGCUGGUGCUUCAAGACCGCAUGCUGACCCUUGUUGACCCCGAUGAUCACAGUCUGCUUCACUCUCAGCCAAUCAGCAGCAUCCGCGUGUGGGGCGUCGGGCGAGACCACGACAGAGAAAGGGAUUUUGCCUACGUGGCCAGAGACAAGAACACACGUGUGCUGAAGUGCCACGUGUUCAGAUGUGAUACUCCCGCUGCAGCCAUUGCCACAAGUCUCCACGAAAUCUGCUCCAAGAUUAUGGCUGAAAGGAAAAGUGCCAAGGCUGCAGCUGGCAGCUCCUCCCAGACCAGCUCUGAUGUACCGCUGCAAGGUAUACAACACACACACACUGUUCUUUUGUAG